UUGUGGAUCUGCAAGAGAGAAAAUGCACUUGUUAUAGAUGGGAGUUGACAGGAAUACCUUGUGUCCAUGCAUUUGCUUGCAUAAUGGACAAAAGGGAUGAUCCUGAGUUGUAUGUGCACCCACAUUACUAUAGGGUGACAUACUUGGCUGCAUAUGAGAACCCAAUACAGCCAAUGCCUGACCCUAAGAAUUGGGAAAAGGUCAAGCUCAGACAGCCUUUGCCACCUAUGCUGAAAGUGCAGCCAGGAAGACCUAAGGCAAAUAAGAGAAAGCUUGAACCAGGGGAGGGCACUUCUGCAGCACCUGAGGGCAAGAAGCCAAAGGUGAUGAAACAAUGUAAGAACUGUGGUGGGUUUGGCCACUUUGCCAAAACAUGCAAGGCUGAAGCAGCACCAGAACAGCCUAACCCACCUGCAACAAAUCCAAAGGGUGGGAGGCCACAGAUGCAGACUCCUUGGCUUAAGGAACAGAGAAAGAAAAGUGAAGAGAAAGCAGCAAGACAGGCUGCACUGAAGUUGCCACAAUAUCAUCCUCCAACAACAGCACAGGCUGGGUCAAGUAAUGCUGCACCUGCAACUGCUGUGUCAAGCCAGCCUGCAACAAGAACAGAGCCUUUGCCAACUCAGCCUGUUACCAGGAGCAACAGGAGCCUGAGUCAGCCCACAAGAGUGCCAACAACUACUCCUCCCAAAGUCAAAAUACAGACCAGGUCCAAGCUUCAUGUAAUGACAAGCAAGAAGGACAAGGAUCUCAAUCAACUGUGACCCUAGGUCUACUCAUUAGUAUUUUGUAAUAGAACAAUGAUAGUUGAACAAUGAUUUUGCACAAAGGUGCCUUAACUUUUGUCUCAGCCAAUGUAAAACAAUUUCAAACAUUGUGUUGCAAGUACUAAUACGAAUUGUGAUAUGUUUCUACCAAAAAGUUCCAUUUCUCA